AUGCUAAGUAGCUCCUGUUUGCUCGUUUUUUUUUUUGUUGUUGUUUUUCGGCAAAUCUUGAAUGAAAUAGUUUCUGAUACAUUUACUAAACGAGUUACGGGAUUCUUAGUUGGUAAUACGAUUUGUGGCUGGGUUACAGUGGUUUAUGCACGUGUUUAUCUAAAUCCCAAUUCUGGUGUCACUAGUUAA